AUGAUCCAGACAUACCAACCGCCCGUCAUGGAGGUCGGCGCAGACACGCUCCCUGAGCUCCAACGCAUCUUUACAUUUCUCAACAGUCAUUCCAACAAGCUAUACCAAGAGGGCUACUUUCUCAAGUUCCACGACACAGACGCCCGUGGCCGCCCCGCGCCAGACAGAAAAUGGCAGGAAUACUUUGUCCAACUCGUGGGCACCAUUCUCUCGCUAUGGGACGCCAGCGCCCUUGACCAGGCCGGCGGCGACGCCGAGGUGCUACCGACGUUCAUCAACCUCACGGAUGCUGCGAUUCACAUGAUCCCCUCCAUGACUCUAAAGGACGGCAAGAAGCUCGACAACAUCCUCAGCGUAUCGACCGCGGCCAGUAACAAAUACCUUUUCCAUUUCGACUCGUACCAUGCCCUGACGCAAUGGACCGCUGGUAUCCGCCUUGCCAUGUACGAGCACACGAGUCUGUCGGAAGCGUAUACCGGAGCACUCAUUGCGGGCAAGGGUAAGACCUUGAACAACAUCCGUACGCUGCUCGACCGUCAAGCCGCACCCUACGACGAUUGGGUGCGUGUCCGUUUCGGUGCCGGAACUCCCUGGCGCCGCUGCUGGUGCGUCGUCUCUCCGCCGGACCAGAAGGAAUACGCCAAGCUGCAGAAGACGCAGAAGAAAUCCAACGUAUACGACAAGCAGGCAGUCCUCAAGGGCGACAUCAAGUUCUACGACUCUAAGAAGAUCAAGAAAAACACCAAGCCCAUCGCGACGGUCAAGGACGCGUACUCGUGCUAUGCCAUCUACCCGCAGUCUAAGCCACUCAUCGACCAAUCGACACUGGUCAAGAUCGAAGGUAAAAUCACGGUUCACUCCACCCCCGAGAGCACGACCGAGGGCUUUGUUUUCGUCAUGCCUGAAGUGCGACCCGCGAUCAGCGGCUUCGAGAUUAUGCUGCAGUAUCUUUUCCCUGUUUUCGACACAUUCAACCUCUACGGACGCCCUAAGAAGCUCGUCGCAGACGUUUUGGACUCGCGGGGUCUCAUGUUCGGCAUGCCUUCGGGCAGGCGCUAUGGCUACUUGGAGAUCUGGGACGUGGUCGGCCUCAUUAACACUGAUGGCAGCUCAACCUGGUCCGAACGUCAAUGGCGGAAGCAGUUGAAGGAGCUCACCUCAACCCGCAUGAACUCGGGCGACUCCGACUCUCCUGGUUCUAGGGCAACCAGGAGAAAUACCGUUAGUCGUACCACCGGCGCUGGUUCCAUGCGCGCCAAUAGUCUAAGAUUCGAUGAUCAGGGCUCGGUCCGCUCUAAUCCAUCCACUCGCCGCUCAUCUCCAAGUCGACAAGCGCGUGUCGACUUUGAGCCACAAGGCCAACCACGCUCGGGUACCGCUCCUGCAGCAACUCCGUUCGCGUCUCCCAGGCAUCAGCGCUCGGUCUCUGAGGCACAGGGUUACAACAAGUACCAGGGCGUGCCCUCACGCCUCGGAAAUGGUCGUGGCAUGGAUGGAGCUGAUCUCCCGCCCGCACCACCACCACAUGCGUCCUUCAACGGCGGUCCCCAGAAUGGACAGUCGCACCACUACCGCGAGGCUUCCGAUAGUGACGAAAGCCCAAUCCACGAUCCAGGCAAUUUGCCUCAGCUUCCCAUCGCACCGUCUGCCCCGCCGCACGGACCAGUGGAUGUGCCACCGGCUCUUGAGCAUGCGCCUUACCAGCAGCCACCCGUUCGACCCACUCUGCCAUCUGCCAUGAUACCAAACGCGGACGUCGACCCUGCAACGUAUCAGCAGAUGGCUGAUGCCUCCAACAAUCCAGGUAUCGCGGCAGCCGGUGCCGCAGCUGCUUGGAGAAGUCAAGAGAGCAUUCAAAGCAGACGCAGCGCUGAUUACAAUGCUUACGGUGGCGACGGCCAACAGAUGCAUCUGAGCGCACCCUCCCGGCCUCCGCCAACAGACCGUAACUCUAACAGCCGGCUGGCGACGAUACCAGCAUCGCCCUACGUGGAGCAUGCUGAGUUUGUCCAGCCAUCAUCUACAUACGAACCUGCGGCUCCUCCAGUGCCUGAACACGUGGAGAUGCCGCAGCAGCAAUGGCGAGAGGAGCUCCCGUAUCGUCCGCAUUCUGGUAGCGGCGACGGUCACGUCCAGCGAAAACCAGUCCCAGGUCGGUCCCCUUCUCCCUCGAAAGAGGAUGACGCUCGCUCGACCAACAGCUCAAACCUCGACAGUUUACGAAACGAGAUAGUUGAUCUCGAAGCCCUCGACGCUCUCAACCACCAAGAAGCAUUGCUCCACAGACAACAAAGCACAUCUAGUAGUCGCUACGACGAUGACGAUGCCCUCUCAAGCUCCACCCCUGAUUAUGCGAGCGUUGCUAGCGAGGAGAUUCAACCACGCAAACUGCCCACUAGAGCUCAGGAUCGCCCCCGAAGUGGCAUACUGAGAGUUGUUGGUGACCCCAACCUCAAACUCAAGUCUGAUGUAGAGGAGGAAGAGGCUUCGCAGGUCGUCGCCAAUCGACACCCGCCAUCAGCAGAUGUGCCAGCAUUCGACUUUGGUCCCACGUACUCUCUUCCUCUAGAGGCCAAGCGACCCGGUACUAGUGGUACUAUGACCCAAGAAGUACACGACGGCAGCUUUUCGCGGUCAAGAGAGAAUCUCACACUCACUCCCAAUGAGCAAAGACGCCAAUCAUACAUCUCCGGACGGACAACGCCGAAUACAAUGCUGCAUAUGCGGAGCGGCUCGGGCUCCGCAAAUGCUUCGGAUUCGCGAAGCGUUGCUUGGCAGCCAGUCACGAUAGCAUCACAACAACAACAGCAGCAGCAAGAUAACAGGCCAAAGCUUGAUGCAGAAGAAUGGGUCAAGUAUCGCGCAAAUCAAUCGCAAAAUUAUGUCUACGGUCAUGGUCGAUCCACUCCCGAACCCUUCGGAGGACGGCAACGAUCUGGUGAUUGGACGCAUCUACAGCGUACACCUGAAGGCUCUCCAGGCGCCGUCCGACCUCCCAGUCGGCCGUUGAGUCGCCCACAAUCCAUGGGCGCCGAUGCGAUUUUGGAUUACCGGCCGACGUCACUGUCAGCACAAGAGCAAGAGCAGGUUGCUCGCAUGACAGGCACUCCAUUGCUGUCAGGCGUCACCAAACACAAGAAGCAGCAGCCCUCGCAGGGAUUGACCGGGUACAUUGAUUCCCGUGAGAAAGAGAAGGCUGCUGCCAAAGCGGCACGCAUCGGCCACUCCCCCGCAAUGCAAGCAGAAAUAGACCGACGUCUACUUGCUCAGCAGCAAAAGCAGGUGGCCGAAGCUCAAGUACGCCAACGCCAGAUGCUCGAGAUGCACCAACAGCAGCAGUUACAAAUGCAAGCAAAUAUGGCACAGAGCCAGUACGCAUAUGGGAGCUACGCAGGUGCGCCUUCCCGUGCUCCGAGUGUCAUGGGCAUGUCAGUUGGAACUCCAAGUGUAAUGGGCAUGCCGAUGGGAACUCCAAGCGUGAUGGGAAUGCCAACUGGACCCGGCACUCCUCACGGUAUGGUGGGCAUGGCGUACUCCAGCCCGAGUCAGGCUCCACAGCAGAUGUACCAAGGCCAAGGUUACUUCCAACAGCCAAUGAUGACGCCGAAUACGAAUGCAAUGCCAGGUGGAUGGGCAUCACCUUCUCCUCAGACGCCGCAGAGUCAGUACUUCCAGCAACAGCAAAUGCAAUACGGACAACAGCAGCAGCCAGCAACGCAACCUUACGGGGCGAGCUUCGAUCAAGCACAAGCGCGACAAGCACAGCAGCAGUCUUACUCUCGUCGAUAG